AGCCUAGUUUUCAUUGGUUGAACGGGUUAUUCGGUGUCUCUUAGCAACGGGAAAUGCUAACAGCGCCACAUGACGUACAGGACUCACUGAAUCAGCCGCUGAGCGACACCAUGAGCCUGUACGAGAAAGAGCCUGGUACCGAGGAGAGCGCAGUCACCGGCCCUUCAUUGGACGCAGAAGAUCCCCAGGAGCGAAUAGAAGCGAGGCGGCUGCGCAUUGCAGCACGAAUUGAAGCCAAGAGGCGGGAGGCACUGGGUGAGGACCUAAAGGUCCCAAAAGAGAAGAAAGAAGAGGCCAGGAAAAGCCACAAGCAGAUAGAGGACAGCAGGCAGCGACUCACAAAGCUUGUCAGUGAUGGCACCCAGCUGGUAACCAAUAUACAGAUAGCCACCGAUGCCAAAGAGACACAGAGGCGGGCAGAGGAGGAGGAGCUUAAGAGACAGAGGCGAGAGAAGUUGGACACCGAGGCCAAGAGCAGCCUGGAGAAGUUUGAUGAGAUCACCAAGAAAUGGGCGUUAGACAAACCCAAACAGGUUCCCCAGAAGAUGUGGGAGAUCCUGAACAGUCAGCAGCAGCAGUGCGCCCACCUCAUCGGGGACAAGAACAACCUCAUCAGUGAGCUCCAGAAGGAGCUGCGGAGGAAAGACGACCAGUACGUGAAGGAUCUGAAGAAACAGGCGGAGGACAUAGACCUGCUGGUCGAGAGAAUGGAGGAGCAGAUUAAGAACCUGACCAAGACGUACAGGCAGGAACUGCUGCAGAUCGAGAAAGUCUUUGAGUUGGAGCGGCGGGAGCUUUUAACAGCAAAUAGGAAUAAAUGGGAACAGGGGAUGGAAGCCCGAAGGGACAAGGAGCUCGAGACCCUGAUGAGCCGGAUGAGGAAGGUGGAGGAGUACGAGCAGCAGCUGAAGCAGCUGAGGGUGCAGGACGGGGAGGAAUAUAAUAUGAUCAAGAUCAAACUGGAGGCUGAUGUUCAGGUCCUACAGCAGCAGCUGCAGCAGAUGAAGGCCACAUACCAGCUGAACCAGGAGAAGCUCGAGUACAACUACCAAGUGCUGAAGAAGCGAGACGAGGAGAACACCAUCACCAAAUCCCAGCAGAAACGCAAGAUUACCCGGCUGCAGGAUGUGCUGAAUAACCUGAGGCUGAAGCAGGCCAAGCAAGUGAAACAGUAUAAGGAGGAGAACCAGUCGCUGAUGGAUGACUAUAAGAGGAUAGUGGAGCAAUACAAAGAGUUGCAGAAGAAGAUGAGGCAUUUCUCCGCUGUGGAUGCCAAGAUGUUUGAGGACAUCUGGUUAAUGAAUGAAGAGGAGAUGAAGCAGUUGGUCCAAAAGGCGCUGGAAGCUGAUCGUAUCAUUCAGGAGCAGCAGCUGGGGAUGCGCUGGGAGCCUCCGGAACUUGGGUUCUUGGACAAUGUUGGGCCACUCCUGGCAAAGCAAAAGGAUCAGAAGCCGGCAAUCACCGUAGCGCAAGAAGUCAUGUCCUCUAAUGCACACAGGGACGAGAGUCCGGCCAUGUUGGGACAGAGCGACGGUAGGGUGCGUCAGGGGGGCCCAGCUGUCUCUGCUCAGACUGUUAAGCACAUCCUGGAGUUGCUCUGCGACGAGUCGGGCUUCCUCAUAGAGAACAAACUGACGCGGCUGCUGUCCCCCCUGGACAAGGACGAGAGGUCCCUCAUUAAACUCGACUCCAUUUUCGGGGCUCUUGGCAUCGCAGUGGAGGAGGAUGUGUACAAACUGGUCGAGUUCUUCUGUAGGUACAAGAGAGAGCGCAGCGCGGCCAAACCGGAUGAAGAUGGAGAUGCGGGAGAAUCCAACGCUGACAGCAGCGCAGGGGGGAGCCAUGGACCCCAAGGGCUUAUCCAUCCCAAUGAGGUUCUGGGGGCCAUCAAGGCUUUUGUUAUGGAGUUCCAGAAACCAAGGGAGAGAACAGCGCCCCCCAGGCUGAUGGAGGAACGAGACAGCAGUGAAGACGCCACAUACUGGGCUGCAGCAGCAAAAGCCAUUCCUGAGUCGCGGCUGAGAGUGUGGGACGCCCUGGAAUCUGCUCUGGAGAAGUAUCAUAAUGUCCUGAGUGGCCGGGCCCAGCUGAUAACAGAGACAGUGAGUCUGAGACAUCAGAACACAGAGCUACGGACUCUGCUCCACCAGUACCUCAACUCCCAGGUCAAUGCGGAACUGGAAAUCCCCCCAACCCAGAUGCUGCAGGGGGAGUAUUCGCACACGUGAGUGGGGGGCGCAGUGUCCCUAUCCGGACUGUCUCGCUGGGCAACGCUCACUUUCUCCAAUAAAUUAUAUUUAUUACAGUAAA